UAUAUAUAAAACCCAUUUCAUUCCGAGAGAAAUUUGGGUUAUUAGGGUUUUGCAAUUGUUGGGUCUGAGAGAGAUCGAGAAAUGAGCGAGAGGGUCAGUGGAAAGGUGAAGUGGUUCAGUGACCAGAAGGGCUAUGGCUUCAUUUCUCCCAACGAGGGAGGCGAAGAUCUUUUCGUUCAUCAGUCCUCCAUUAGAUCCGACGGUUUUCGGAGCCUCGGCGUCGGUGAGGAUGUUGAGUUUCUGAUCGAGCCUGAAGCCGAUGGCCGUUGCAAGGCCAUUGAUGUCACUGGACCUGGAGAAUCUUCUGUGCAGGGAAGUCGCGGUGGCGGCGGCGGCGGCGGUGGUGAAAGAGGGAGUCGAGGUGGUGGAUAUGGGUUUAAUGGCGGAGGCGGAGGUGGCCGAGGUGGGUACGGCCGUGGAGGCGGAGGGUAUGGAGGAGGAGGCGGCGGGGGUGGUUGUUUUAAGUGUGGUGAAACUGGGCAUAUGGCGAGAGACUGCUACCAGGGGGGAUCUCAAGGUGGUGGAGAUAGGUACGGAGGCGGCGGCGGCGGUGGCGGUGGAAACUGCUAUAGCUGUGGUGAAUCUGGGCAUUUCGCUAGAGAUUGUCAAAGCAGUGGCCGUUGAUCGCUUAAAUUGCUGACUAUAACAACAAGGCGAGGCGAUUUACUUUUGUUUGCUCGAAUCUGGGGGUGUUUUGUUCGAUUUUCCUUUACGUUUGUAAGGUUUGAUUACCUUUUAUCACGGAUUACCAUUAGUUUAGUAUCUGUUUACUGUCUUUUGGGUAUUGAAUGAUGUUCGUUUCAUGGAUUUUAGGGGUAUUUUUAUCAGCGAUCCUUAGAAAAAAUAGAUGAUCAAUGGGAGGAUGAACGUUCCUUGAUUCUCUGUUUCUUUAACUGUUGAUAGAACUAUUUCGUAUACAAUGCCUUCUGAUUUUGGAUGAAUGAUUGAA